UUACCCUCUUAUGCAUUGUGAUCCAUUCUCUCCAUUUUGGCUAUCACUGUCAGCUUUUCAGCUGUAAAUAAGUCUCUGGUCUUGUCAAAAUCUCAUUUUCCAGACCAUAUAUUUUCGCCAGAAAAAAAAAAGGGUGAAAUGGAGCAUUUUUCUUCCAUGUUUAAUGGAUUGGCAAGAUCUCUGUCACUGAAAAAAGGAAGGGAAAACUCUGGGAACGGGGAUUACAAUGGAACAGAGGCUGCAGAAUCUAUGGUUAAAGGAGCCAAGAAAAAUGAUUUUAUAUUAAGGUCUUCAGGGACUGUAAAUGUUGAUGGUUCUAAGAAUUUUGCUUCAGUUUUCUCUAAGAGAGGAGAAAAAGGAGUGAAUCAAGAUUGUGUCAUUGUUUGGGAGGAAUUUGGAUGCCAAGAAGACAUGAUAUUCUGCGGAGUAUUUGAUGGACAUGGUCCUUGGGGCCAUUUUGUGGCGAAGUGUGUACGAGAAUCAUUUCCAUCAUCUCUGCUUUCCAAUUGGCAGGAAACUCUGUCUGAGGCUUCAACUGAUUCAGAUUUCGAUUUGGACUCUGAUAAAUUCGAUAUAUGGAAGCAUUCCUACACCAAGGCAUGUGCUGCUGUAGAUCACGAGCUGGAACAACAUCCUAAGAUUGAUUCAUUCUACAGUGGUACCACUUCUUUGACAAUAGUCAGACAGGGUGAGGCUCUCUUUAUAGCGAAUGUUGGCGACUCACGCGCUGUAUUGGCCACCACUUCUGAAGAUGGCAACUUGGUGCCAGUUGAGCUCACUACUGAUUUCAAGCCUAAUCUACCUCAGGAAGCUGAACGGAUAAAGCAGUGCAAUGGCCGAGUAUUUUGUUUGGACGAUGAACCUGGGGUGCACCGGUUAUGGCUGCCUGAAGACCAAUCCCCCGGAUUGGCUAUGUCUAGAGCUUUGGGAGACUACUGUGUGAAGGAUUUCGGACUAACUUCUGUUCCUGACGUGAUUGAAAGAUAUAUCACAAGCAAAGAUCAAUUUGUUGUGCUGGCAACAGAUGGGAUUUGGGAUGUUAUUUCCAACGAAGAGGCAGUACAAAUUGUGUCAUCGAUCCCAGAGAGGGCAAAAGCUGCCAUGCGUUUGGUGCAAUCUGCUGGCUGUGCCUGGAGACGUAAGAGGAGAGGAAUAGCUAUGGAUGAUAUUUCAGCUAUUGUACUUUUUUUUCAUUCUUCUCCCUUGUGACAACAAAUUCACCCUGUAUAGAUACACCAGAAUAGAACUUUGUGAAAAAGCAAGUUUGCUCCUCCCGCUCUCACCCUCAUCAUCACCACAAUUAGAGCUGAAAGGAACUAAAAUUGCAACUGUUAGUGGACUAAAAUGAUAAUGAAGCAAUUUUGUGAAAGUACAAGAUGGGUCGAAUUGCCUAUUUAAA